AUGCGCAGGUUCGUCGACUUGGGCCACAGGGUUGUUGGAGUGGAGUUCAUCGAAGACUGCGUGAGGGAGUACUUCGCCGAAAACGACCUCAAACUUCGAGAGACAACUUGUCCCGUCAUCGGCUGCAAGAUUCUGCAGACACCUGACAGGAGGCUACGGGUGUUCAUCUGCAGCAUAUAUGACUUCCGUAGGGACUGCGCUGGCCCCAUGGACAUCGUGUGGGAUAGGUCCGGAUUCUCCGCCAUAAAAGAAGAAGACAGACCAAGAUACUCUGCAGUUCUCAAGUCGCUGCUGGCGCCUGGCUUCUCGUAUGGCAUGUGGACGAUUUCGUACGACGCACCUUGGUACAAACUGAACCCACGAAGCGUCACUGAAGCGGCGCUCCUGGAAAACUAUGGAGAUGUUGCAAAGCCCGUCUUGGUCGAUAGCUACAUCGUCGAGCGGGAAGACUUCAUCAACGGGGCCGGACCAGUCACCUACUCCCUCUGGCACAUGAGCACAUGACGAGUGCCGUCGAAGACCGGUGUCCGUAGCGCCAUACCUUUGGCACCGAUAAUGCGAAUGAAUUCAAUUAUAUAGAAUUAAAAUCACCA